UCUCAAAAGUAGCUAAUUUUUUAAGUAUAAAUCCGUGAAAAACCGACCGAUCGACGUUGUUCAGUUAUUAAUUAGUUGUCGGUCCGACGACUCGACAGCCGACCGCGAUUUUCCAACGGUCCGUUUUGAUUUUGUCGUUUGGCCAAAGGGAUUUUGUGGGAAUUUUUUUUCUAUCCGGCGGUAAUAGGAUACGAAAAACGUGAACAGGUUAUCCGAACUCUUCAAGUGCAACAAUAACAUUGGUAAUAAAAAAUAAUAAAAAACCGACCGAAAGCUUGGUGAUAUUCUCGUCGAUUGUGAUUUGCAACUUGCAACUUGAAACCCUAAAACUGUAUUGAUACACAGUUUACACUAUUAAUUGCAAUUUGUAAUUAUUCCCCCGUUUAUAUAAUUUGGACUUUCCAACGCCCAUCUGCUGUUUGUCGAUCCAAUCCAAAGUGUGCCACAUUCGUUUUAUUUAUUUUCGUGAGUAUAUCAUUAAAUUAAGUGACGUGUGUAAUUGUUAAAUAUCGCCCUUAUGCCUUUUAGUGUAAUAUUGUUAUAAGCUGGUACAUAAUUGGUAAAGCGAUAACCACCAGAUAGACGUCGGUGUAUCGCAGUUGAUCUCUAUGACAAUUACGUCGUCCAUACACCGCUGAAUAAUAUUUUGAAAAGGAAGUAAAAUAAGUAGACUGUAAAGUGAAAGGUUCAAGACGUUAUUAUGCCAUCGUUGAACUCUAUAAGUUGUUUACAGUCUUUGGCGUUAGAACAAGUAUGCGAGUAUGUGUUGGAAGUAGCACCCGAAAUGAGACAAGAUCCAAACGGCUCACGUGAAUAUUUCAUUAAAAACGCACACGCCUGGGCCAGGACAAAUAUCUUAAGCCGUACCAAGGAGAAACUUGAUAAAGGUGACGUAGAUUGUCAUAUUUGGAACGAACUCAUCGGUGUGUUUGAUAGAAAUCCCAUUUUAAAAAUAACAACUGCCAGACUCAACCGUUGGCUGACCUUAUUGAAUGUGAUGUUGGACGUCGGGGUAACACGAUUACCAGCACUAUCAUUUUGUGGCAGUAUGGAAACAGAACUCAAUGAAUUUGUCACUGUUCUCAACAGUUGCAAUACACAUCUUAAGGAAUUAUCUCUGACUUUCCAGAUGUCUAAUAAAAACGACUGCACCUCGGCAGUGUAUAGGUCGAUGUUUAUUCUUCAAAACUCGUUGCACGACGGCCUCGCUUCGAAAUUAGUUUAUCUUAAACUCGCCGCUGUUUGUGAUAAUGCUAUCCUAAGUACAAUAGGCGAGAACGCCAUGUGCCUUAAGCACUUGGACGUGUCCGGAUCGUGGAAUGUCGACGAAAUAGGAAUUAAAAAUUUACUAUUCAAAAGUGAUGUCUACGUGGAAACGAUCAAUGUACCUAACGACAAACUCUGUCAACAUCUAAGCCAGAUGUACGACAAUAAAAAAUUACUGAACAGAUGUUGUUUUACUUUAGAAGAAUUACGUAUUCAAGACACCAACACCGAAGACGCUAGUUUGUUAAUGAUUCUAGCGUGCGUAAAAAGCCUAAAAGCUUUAGGCGGUUUCCUUUAUUUUAGGAAUAUCGGCGACGCUCUAGUGACCGUAUGGGAGAAUUCGCCUAAGCCCCGCGAGUUUCAAUUGAACGAGCUGUACGACAUGCAAUUGACCAGCAAGAAAAUAACGGCGUUAAAAGAAUGUCUGCCCCAUCUAAAGAAGCUGUAUACGAGGUUGUCGUGUGUUUGUGCGCCUCAAGAUUUCGACGAUCCCGAACAAGGAUCAAUGUUCUGGGAUCGUGUCCAAACUCUUACUAUCGAUCUCGAUUACAUGAUGAAUUUUCAUUUUAUCAAUUUUGUUUACAAUUACGGUCAUAAUCUAUCCGAACUCGUGAUUCUCGAUCAGGAAGCUGACAUCGACGUAGGUAAACUAUUGAGUAGUUGUCCUAAUUUAUUAUUCUUGAAAGGAUUCUUACAUAUUUUCGAAACGCCCAUCGGACAAUUUAUGAAGCUUAAAUCGUUUGAGUUACACAUGCCGACUUUCGAAACGUUGAAUUGGUUUUUUGAAAAUUGUCCACAAUUGGAAGAAGUUAAGUUGUUUAGCGACUCUAGAGUGAUGUUUUGGAACACACAAGUCUUCGAAAAGCCACCCGAAGUCAUGUGUAACAAUCUGAAACGUUUCGAAAUACAUUUUAACGACAGAAAUUCUAAUGUCACUACUCAUAAGGCAAUAUUCAAAUUUAUCGACAAGUGCACGAAGCUGCAACAUUUGGGCGGUCUAUUCACGUGGAGUUUAGAUAAUAAUUUUGUUAAUUUAAUAAAGAUAUAUGUAAAAAAAAAUAACUACGAGCUUAACAUCUACUAAGACUAAAACGUCUCAAUGUGCUGAUAAGACUGAUAUUUGUUAGAUCUUUAAACUAACCUCUCCUUAUUAUUUACUCUAUUGUUCCCAUUAGUUUGACAUAGUGAAGUAUUUUUAAGAUAUUAUUAUAUUUUAUUAUUUAAACUUAAUACGGGCGGUUCAAUUAAAAUGCACCGAGUUACAUUUUAGUAGUUUUAAAUUCUAAAUUGUUUUUCGAUGUGCUACUUAGUGCCUUUUAAUUGAAUGUCGACUAUUUUUAGAUUAGAUGACUACUGUGAUGUAAUGUAAUAAUUAUUAGACU